UGAAAUUUUAUCAUUUGUGGUGACCAACAGUGCAGACCACUGCGGGAGAGCAGCGGUGAGGGGAUUCAACAAACUAAUAAGAAAAAAAAACAACAACAAACAAAAAAACAAACAAACCCUGGGGAGUCCCGGCUGGUUCAACAUGGCAGAAGGAGUUUGUAAGACCGAGGAGGAUGAAGGGCCGAGCGCGGAGGAAGAGUCGCCGUCCUUCCACGGAACCGGGGUGUGCAAGUGGUUCAACGUCCGCAUGGGCUUCGGGUUUCUGUCCAUGACCAGCCGGGACGGAGUGGCGCUGGACGAACCGGUGGACGUGUUCGUCCAUCAGAGCAAGUUGCACAUGGAUGGUUUCCGCAGCCUGAAGGAAGGGGAGGCAGUCGAGUUUACGUUCAAGAAGUCGUCGAAGGGCCUGGAGUCGCAGCGAGUCACCGGACCGGGAGGCAUCCACUGUGUGGGCAGCGAGCGGAGACCCAAAGGCAAAAAGGUCCAAAAGCGGCGCUCCAAGGGAGACAGAUGCUAUAACUGCGGAGGCCUGGACCACCACGCCAAAGAGUGCAAGUUACCUCCCCAACCCAAGAGGUGCCACUUCUGCCAGAGCAUUGACCACAUGGUCGCCAGCUGCCCGGUCAAAGCACAACAGUCCUCACCGGCCUCUCAGGGAAAACUGUCCCCUUCAACAGCAGACGAAGGGGAGCACAGCCAGUCGGCACCACCUCCUGAGUCCUCGGAGUAAGCGGGAGAUGGGAUCACGCUGAAGCACAGAAGCCAAUCAAACUGCUUCGAUGGCUGAAGGGAGGGGAGACCCAAUCCCCCUCCCCAGCUAUUGAAGCCGCUUUUGGAAUUACCUCAGGUAGAAAAAAAAGUUUUUUUAUUAAUAGUAUUUUCAUUUGGCGUAACACUCAGGAAUACUGCUGUAUUAUUGCACUCAGGAAGCUUAUUAAAUGUAGUAAUUACUGCUAUURGAGUUGUUUGAGACUGUAGAGAACUUUACCACGUAACGAACGAUCUUCACAAGCGUUUGCGGAUUUCCUUUUAGCGGUGCUGCAUUUUCUUGUGGGUUUUUAUAAAUUCUUUUUAUUUUUUAUUUUGUAAAAGUAUAGCUAUCAAAGAGUUACACUUUUGCUGCCUUACCAGUUAAUCACCUUCCUGACUGUUACUCCUUUCUGUUGACAAGGCAAAGCUGUAACGGCUACUGUAAUGAAUGUUAAGACUACGUAUCUAAAAAAAAAAAGAAGAAGAAGAAGAAGUGACCAUCAUAAAGAGAACUUGUGACGGGUUUAAGGGUAUAGGUGUAGGCAAUGUACUGACAUUUGCCAAUAUUGCAGUUGACCAUCUAGUUUUUGGGGGCCAAAUGAAUGUCAGACCAAAAAAUGGUUUCCAGUUUUUGGUCAGUUUUAUGUUAUUUUUUUUCUGUUUUGUUUUUUGUUUUUGUUUCCACUCAGCAUUUUGCUGGCUGGUCUGGUCUACCUCACUGGUGCAUGUUUGAUCUAAGCCAUCACCAUAGCUGCUGAUGGCAAACCAAACAUAGAUUUGAAUAUAGGUGAUUUUAGUUGGGAUUAAAUUGCAUCUUUUUUGCACUACAGUAUGCAACUGAAAUAAUCUGUACCAUGCGAGUUUAAGGACUGGCUCAACAUCCCCUGAAAAUCCUGCUCAGCUGCUCUCUGCAGGUUUAUUUAAAGGCCUAUUGGAAUCAGAAUGAAGACUAAUAAGAAAAUCCAAACAUGAGUUUGUGCUGUUAAAACGAGCGAGAUUGGGAGAUGGUUUUUACAGCACACUUCUCAUUUAAGGUUACGUUUCAAACAUAAAACCAAUCUUGGUCAGUUGUUUCAGCAGUGGAGUUUUUGUCUGAAUAUCAUUUCCACAAAGUUGCAGAAAUGAUAUGAUUCAUUCUCAGUUUGUCAGUAUUAAAAUAUAAGGGGAGCCUGCUUCUAAAUAUUAUUAUUUCUGUUUUAUUCCAUUUCGAAGGUGACCAAAAAUAACAGGUUUUGGUCGGAUGUCAGGAUUGGUUGCAGGCACGGUGCUUGAGUUUCACAACUGUUCAGUGUGUAAAAAAUGCACUCACUAUCCACUUUAAACCUUCCUUUGUAUCUGAUUGGACCUUUUUUUGCCUUGAGAAAUGUCUUAAUUCUUUAUAGCAAACAUUCAACAAGAUGCCGACCGUGGACGCUGUUCAAGUAGACUAGCCGAUAUUUUUCCAGCCUCUUAUUGUCCAGUUUAUUGUAGAAUCAGUAUUAACAGGAGUAGUGCUCAAUGUGAUCUACUGUUGUAGCACACUUGCUUCAAUCAGUUUGCCCCUUUUCCUUUGACAUCAACAAGUAUAUUUUUAAGGGGUGCACCAACUGCCAUUUUCUGUCCAAUCAUGAUCUUUAAAAAGCCUGACCUGCUGAUUUUGACUUUGGUUGACACCAAUAUUUUUUUUACAUAACUGUCAGUGUUCCAAUUAUUGUAUUUAAAAACACAGAACAAUACCCUUGAAACAAUACAACCUUGUUUUAACUGGACAUGAGGUAGUGCUCACGGCAGAGAGAAAUGGGACAGUAGCUGAUUUUCAGACCUGAUAAGAUCAGCUUCUCGUGUAAGAAUCGGCCAAUCUCCCAAAAUUAAGGAAAUCGAGACCAAAAAAAUCGGUCAUCCAAUUUAUAGGUGCACCCCUAUUUUUAAUUUUUUUUUUUCCAUACAGCUGCCUCUCACUAGUUGGUUUCUCUUUUUCUGGCUGAUUUCUGUGAACCUAAAAGACGGUUCAGGAAAAUCUCAGUAAAUCAACAGUUGCUGAAAAACUCAGAUAAGUCCGUUUGGCACUAACAACACAAUCAAAAGUCAUUUAAAUUUUCUUACUUCAACAAUCUGAUGCUCAAUUUGAGCAUGUUUAUAUGCAUAACGCAGUUACAAGUGUGCCUAAUAAAGUGGGCGGUGAGUGUGUUUCCAUCACUUGCAGGUCAGUUAAGAGCAGCAGAACGGUGCUUUACGGCGUGAUGACUCUUUAGGUUUCAGAGAUCUCCAGAUAUUAUCAGUGGUCCAUCUGUAGUGUACUCAACUUUUAUUUGCUGAUGGGAAAAUUACUGCUGCUUUACCUCAUCUUGAAUUUAGGAGAAUCCCAAAUACACAAGCAUCAUCAUAAAACACUUGACCCAAACUGAGGUACUAAGAUUUUUUGGAUAUCUCUCUUCCCACUUGAAAGAAAGAGAGAGAGAAGGAGGCAAAAUCAGACACGAUAUUGUCAGUGGGAAGGCUGGUGUUUUCAUUUGUAUUUAGUAAAGAUCAGUUUUUAGGUAGGUUUAAGAAAUGACCUGUCUUAAACCCUCUGUAGGGGACUAGUUUAGGAGCAACCAGCCUGCAAGGAGGAGCAUGUAGGUCUAGCUAGCUAAUCAGCAUUUUACUCCCGUUUUACAGGAGAUGCUGACUGAGACUUUAACACCCAAUUAAUAUAUAUGUAAAAUUAUUCUAAUGUCUUAAAAAAAAGAUUGAUUCUACUUAUUUAUUUUCAUCAAAGUGCGCUGCAGCUUCUUCCUGCGCUCCUAUUGAAGCCUUGUCGAGACGAAUGUCCGUGUGGAUCCGCUUAAAAAUUGAGACAGGUCAUUUAAAAACUGUAUAACUUGGGGGAAAAAAACUGGGUAGCUUUUCUAUCAUGGUACUGUCGUUACUCUGUACAUAUAAGUGCUUGGUAAAUAUCUGCUAUUUCUCCUUAAUUUAAUUCAGCCUAAUUACAAUGUAACAGUAAUAUAUUGCAACCUGAGGGUAAGAAUAUGCAGUACAUGCUGUAUAGGUACAGAAUAAUGAAGACUGAUAUAAACUGUGAUUUUCUUUUAUUAUUAUUAUUUUACUUUUAUGAUUUUUUUAUGUGCAGAAUGAGCUUUUUAGAAAAUAAAAACCCAUCAAAACACAGACCUAUGACAAAGCCACUCUGCACUAAUCAGGUGUAAGAUGCAUUAUUAUGUUUUAUAUAUUUCAAUUUAGUUGCUUUUGAACACAUAUACCAUAUUUUUAUAUAUACAUGCUUAUUUUGUUGUUUCUCGAUAAACCAUUCACAGCUUGUUGAUGGUUGGGCUCAUCUCAGGAAUUAUCAAUCUGACAGAACUCAGGGAAGGAGUCAAAGAGUUUUAACAUAACAGGAAGCAGGGGUUGCCUGCUAAUCCGCAUAAUGUGAAAAAAUAUGAUGAUGUUUAUGUAAAAUGGCCUCAGGAGUGUUUUGAUGCUGUUUAUUUUUUUAUAACAGGACAGUUGUUAGAAGAUUGUAAAAUUUCGGGUCAUAAAAGCAAUGAUUACGAACUGUUAAAGUGAGUCUGUUCAUUUUUGAAGUGACGUCCACGCUUUAUGACAGAUAAGGUACCGUAUUUUAAAAAUCUUUUUGACAAUAUCGCAUCAGAAAUGAACGGAGUAUCCCUUUAAUGUUGAAGCUUCUUGGCUCCUCGUAUCUUUCCAUUCACAGGAUGAUGUUUUUUAUGUCCUUUAUUGAAGAAAAUGUUCCACUCUUUAUAUAUUCUUUCCUCUGUAAUCGUCGUAGAUGGGGAUGUAGUAGAAUAUCAGGGACUGGGGCUUGUAGUAUAUUAUAAGUAUUGUCUCAUCUCAGUACAUUGAUGAUUGGUGUUUCAGACUAUCAAUGCUUUUGACAAAACGAAUGUGCCACUGGUGACCUAACAAGUUUUUCAAAGUGUAAAGGUUGCUGUUUUGAUCAUUCCAUUCGGGUUUUGAAAGAAAUAAAAUGUGUUAAUAAAAGUGCUGACAUUUGGUGGAUUGAUUUAAUGUUUUGUGCAUUUUUUUUUUUGUUUCAGUUUAAACUUACUUUUUAAAAUUGCGGUGUCAGUUUCAUUUUAUCAUCUUAACUUGAAGAACCCGUUUUCCUUUUUCAUUAUUUUAAAAAAGAAAAUCUGAGUUACAUUUUCCUUACCUGACAGCACUGAUGAUUUCAUUUGUCAAACUUGGACAGCGAUGUAGACACUCAAUACUUAGAAUGCAAGUGAAUUUUAGUAUUAUAUAUUUUUGCAGUACUCUGUUUCUAUCUCAUUACUGGAAACUUGGGAAGUUCAUGCAAGACGUUGUGAUUGUAAAAGAAAGAAAAACUGUUUAAAAUUCUAAUGAUUUUUGUAUUGGUAUUUUAUGUUUGGGUGUUAAAUGGGUUGGAUUCCUUUAAAAUGUAAGAAGAACUUGUGAGAAUAAGAGCAUUUAAAGCACAUUGAGAUGUUCUGUGUUACAGUUUUCUUUACUUGUACUAAUCUCAAUUUGUGACCAUCAGCCAGUUGAUUUUUGUGGAGUUUUAUCAGGUAAAUGCUUACUGCUACUUCCAAACAAAAAUGUGCAUUUAUUAAUGAUGAAUGUAUCAGUAUUUACUGCCAUAAAACUAAACUUGUCUWAAUGGCUAGUUUUUCAGUGAUGGGGGCUGCAUGUAAGAUUUUCAAAUUAUUACUGUGAUUAUGUUUUUGUAAAAGUUUUGCUUCAUUUCAUAAUAAAUAUGUCAAUAAUAUUAA